AUGGAGAUGUUCUAUUUAUCAAUCCUUCCAUUCUAUGGAGAUAGAGACUCUCAAGAUAUUAAUGAGCAUCUUGGUCUUAAAUACAUUCAUUCUUCCUCAAGUGCUGCUGAAAAACUAUUCUUUGACAUUGAAAAAAUUGAUAAUUCUUUUGUGUCAGUUUAAGUAUCAAGCCCAGAUUACUAAGCUUUUAAGACUUUACUUGAUUAUUCAGGUGAGUAAAAUGUUGAUUUUACAUUUUAUACUCAUUCAACUAAGUUGGAAGUUUUCAGUGGUAAGGUAUGA